UCAUUGGCCCUGCUUGAUAAAUCUGAGAAACCUUAUCAUUGUCUAGUGCAAACAUAACACAAUAACGAUUAUCUCAUCUUGAAGGGACUACAGUCCCAUCAGUGUUUACAUGUGUUGCAAACAGGAAAACCACAACUCAUUUCGUAGAGGUGAACAUAGAUUCUUCUGUCUUGAUAUAGUGUAAAUCAUUUUGGAGGAUACACUGCCAAGAAGUAUCACGCUUCUUCCUCAGCGUUAAAGAAGUACGAGAGUAGAAUGUAGACGUAGAUUCGAAGGUGUAAGGUGUUUUUUAUCCAAAGGCUGUACUCGAAGGAAGUAUAUGGUGUAUAAUCAUAAAAGAUAACACUAUAAUGACGAGAUGACAAGGAAUCCGCUGUUACGUUUUCCACCACACAUUAUGAUAUUGUGCCAUUCAUCAUCAAAUCACUACCGGGCCAAAUGAAACUCCAAAUUCCAAUGCUGUCCCAUGUCACUGCAGUGAAGUCACGAUUUUCGUCUGUGACUUCUCGCAUCUGGGAAACCUUGAGCGAUGGGCGUGUCCUUGGCAGAGCUCUAUUCUGGUAUAUCUGGAUUCUGGUUGUCAUGGCAACCGUUUCAACGCUUGCUCUUUGGGCAUCGUUUGAUGCAAGUUAUGGGCGUUCCCAAGUCGUAUAUCGCUCUGGGAGAAACCUGGAUGAAGGAUCGCAGUUGAUGAGUGGUCUGAGAAAAUUAUCAGAUCGGAUUGGAGAAGCAUUUACAAGACCAAAGACAGUUGAUGUCAAAGCGAGAAAAUCUAUUCAUGGUCCGGUUUGCCCUGAGAUAGACAUACCCGGUUCAGAUAAGAACCUAACUCAUGAACUCAACGAAACAACAAUGAACCACGCAGAGGAACGCAUCCUCCUCACCCAUACCAUGGAUGCCCGUCGGCUUACCCGACAUAGCAACGAGAAACUACAGGAUCUCUACUACGCAAGGAGGAUUAACAGAGCAUCUGGAGCUGGUAUCCCGGAUGUACUGAAUGAUGGGCUCGAGACGGAGGAUUACAUCAUGUUACCAGGGGGUCGUUGGAUACCAACCACCUGUUCGCCCAGAUGGAAGGUAGCAAUAGUAAUACCAUUUCGAGAUCGUCAUCAGCAUCUACCUAUCUUGCUGCUUCAUCUAGUACCAUUCUUGAAGAGCCAAUACCUAGAGUUUGCCAUAUUUGUUGUCGAACAGGAAAAUGAUCUCCGAUUUAAUCGAGCGAUGUUGAUGAAUGUCGGUUUCGUCGAGGCUCUAAACUACACCAUGUUUGACUGCUUUAUAUUUCAUGAUGUUGAUCAUAUACCUCUCUCAUAUGGAAACUUCUAUGGAUGCAGUGGAAUGCCUCGUCAUUUCGUCUCUGGUGUUGACCGGUGGAAUUACAAGUUAUUGUACUGGGGAUUCUUUGGUGCUGUUACUGGAUUCACUAGAACACAGAUUGAGACAUUUAACGGGUUUCCUAAUGUCUAUUGGGGAUGGGGAGGAGAAGACGAUGACAUCUUAGGCCGGAUCAGGGCCAAGGGACUGGCAAAAACAAGGCCUUGGGGACCGGUCGGAUUCUAUAAUGUCAUACCACACCAUCACAAGAGCGCCAAGAAAAAUAUGGACAGGGUAUGUCUUCUGAAUAAUUAUAAAGAGCGCAUAGAUACAGAUGGUCUGAGUAACCUGUACUAUGGAACGCCACGUGUGACGCUGUAUCCCCUAUACACCAACAUCGCAGUUGACAUCCGGGACCUGCCCUGGAACGUUGCAUGGCACGUUUGUGACCGUGAUGCUGAACUCUUGGAAAAGAUUUUAAAAGAAAAAGAUUUUAUUGCCGAUGAAGGAGAUGAAACGUGAAAUACUACUUUGUCUCAUUUCUUCUAUGUUAUCUUCUUUGUACGAAUCUUCAAGUAGCUCAUAAUUGAGUAAAAUCAAUCUGUAAAUAUUAUUUUUUCUAUAUAUCAAAUGAUUCAAUGCAGAAUGUAUCGUAAUUUUAUCAAAAUUUGAAUAGGGUUAUAGAAAAUUACACUAUUUUUGCUAAGAGACCAGGGAAAAUUGGGGGUAUUUCUUUUUUAUAAGACCACUUUGCCGGCCGUCGUGCGUAUAUACAGCCUUACGUAUAUGUAAAAGUGCAUUAUUAAUAGCUUUAUGUGUAUCAUGAUAUGAAAAUAAGUAGACUAUCACCUACAUGUAGACAAAUUGGCAAUAGGAUACUUAGAAAUGUUUGAUCAUACGGUGAAUGACAAUCAGCCAAUUUAAUAUUGGACAAAAUGGCAAUCAGACCAACACGCUCUACCCCGAUAAUGAGGGAUUGGGCUACCGAACCAUAUAUAAAAAUACUAUCGUAACAUUUUAUAAGGAUUAACAAAUGUUUUUCAUGUCAUGAUUUUCAAUUUUUCAUGCAUGACAUUCAAAUUUUGAAUGUUUUUAUAAUGAAGUACAAUGUGUUUAAUGAUCUGAUUCGAGUUUUUUUUCUUUAGAAUGUUUUAUGAAAGGGUUCCACUUUUUAUAUUUAAACAAAAUAGAUAUUUUUUACGUUAGUGAAUACCUGAAUGACAUAAUGGAGUGUAAAUUUUCUAUAAUGUGUUAAUAAUAUUUCAAUUGCCAAAUAAUGCAAACAUGUUUUCUUGAUGAUUCCAAGAACUCACGUAUUUUAUAUCCGAUUCACAUUAAUUUCAAAGAUGAAUCUGUUUUCCAUUAUAUACAAUAUGUAUUUGUUAUCUGGUUGAAUAGCUGACUUGGCAACUCUCCAUGAUGCACUGUUAAAAAAGCUGUUUAAAAUGUUAAAUACGUUGUUUAGGCCCUUCACUAUUACAACUAUUGUUUAAACUUUUGAAAAAAAACUAUUUUAACUUUUCAACAAUCAUCAAUUUUAUUUAAAAAGUUUAUGCAAUUAUACAAAAAAAAAUAAACAACUUGUUGUUAGAUGACAUGUUUAAACGACGUGCUAUUCUUUGUUUUUACUGUGUGGGGGAAUGGGGAACUCUGCAUGCAUGAUGACUUGUUUAUCACUGAAGGAACCUCAAACGUACGAAUCUUCUUGAAUAAACCUAUAUUUUCGCACUUCAUAUGGGCCUAAUCAAUUCGUUAAAAAAUUAUCACUAUAUAUAUGAAUCCUCCAAAAUAAAAAGAUGACUCUUAAAAAUCUAUAUGCCAUGAAUACGUAUAUAUUCUUUUUUUUAUUCUGAUUACUAUGAUUAAUCAUGAUAUAACUUCUGUAAAUAAUAAUACCUUCUUGGUUUUAAACAUUACUUAAACAAACCAUGUAAGUUAA